AUGUCCGUCGAUAAUGGGGUCCUAUAUCCUAUGGAUCCACCUCUAGGAAUGGUCCGUGAUAUUGAACAAGCAGCCGAGUCUGCCCCCCUGGUGGUCAUCACGGCUGUCUUUUUCCCACUGGCAACAUUAUGCAUGGUCAUUCGAGUCUACACAAGAGCAUUUAUUGUGUGCAAGCUAUCUUUCGAUGACUAUCUUAUGAUUCUUUCUUGGGUGUGCAAUGUAUUCCUUGUCGCCUUUACACUGAACAUGACCAAUUAUGGAAUGGGAAAACACCUUUGGAACGUUCCAUUCUCACCAGAUCUAUUUCCUAAUUUCUCCCUGAAUAAUCUGCUUGCGGCCAUCUUCUUUUGUGCAGCUACUGGAUUUGCGAAGGGUAGUAUCUUGGUCUUCUACCUGCGAAUAUUUCCCAUGAAAUCAGCACGAAUCCUUAUUUGGACUGCCUUUGCAUUCAUCAUGGGAUACUCGGCAGCUUCUGUCCUUGUUAACAUAUUCUCAUGUAACCCCAUCCGAGGCUCUUGGGAUCCAGAAGUCAUCGCCACCGCAAAGUGCAUUAACAGGCCUGUGUUUUACUUUUUGCAAGCCGGCUUGGGAAUCUUUGCAGAUAUCGUGACUGUCUUGAUUCCACUCCCGUGGCUCAAAACACUGAUGCUGCCCAAGAAACAAAAGAUCGGCGUUGGCGUUCUCCUGACCAUGGGUGCAUCGGUUUGCAUUGUCAGCAUCAUUCGGUUGCAAUCUCUCAGUGUUUUACUUCACGACCCAGAUUUAACUUACAACACUGUGAUGGCGCUCAUGUGGUGCGUUCUAGAAUUGAACCUCAGCAUUAUCGGUGGCUCCAUGGCUACCAUUAAACCGUUUCUUAGAAUAGCGAUCCCCCGCAUGUUCACCACCAACUAUGGUGCAAGUGCCAGUGCUGGCAUUCAUUUGGAGUCAAAGGACAGAAGUACAGGAUAUCAGUCACGAUCUAUACAGAGUCUCAAGCCUGUUCAUUCUUCAAAAGCGCCACAAAUAAGUCACUUUCACGCCACUAGUACAGAAGAACUUGUAAUGGCUUGA